AUGCUGGCAAUUUUGCUACGGGUGCUUGCUUACUUCUUUUGCAUCGAAUUUUUGGAAAAACGUCCAGAACUGAUUGUCCCGCAGAACUCGUUUCGAAGGCUUGUUGAUGGCAUCCAAAUGUUCAGCGAUGGUGUUUCGCCUUACGAUGGCGAUAUGCAACCUGUGCUUCUUUAUUUGUUUGGCGCGUUCAUCGGGCAUCCUGCCUUGCUGCUCGCUUUUUUCGUGGCACUUGAUGUGAUAACGAGUGAGAUUUUACGCAACGUAGCGAUGCAUUACAUGAGGGAAAAUGGAAGUGCAAACGAUGAUGUUGAACGGGUUGCUGAUUAUAUCCUCAAUCCGGUGACAGUUGCGACAUGUGCUGUUUUUAGUCUUUCAGUUCUGUAUAAUUUUAUCACCGCUCUUUUUAUCUUUGCUUUUGUGAAAGGUUGUGUCUUAUGUACUAGUGUUUUAUAUGGUGUUCUCGCGCAAUUCUCGCUUUAUCCGGCCAUAUACAUAUGUUCAUUGCUGGUAAAAUUUUCAACGCUGAAGGAACGUAUCCAAGUGGUCAUGUAUUCACUCACUACGUUCUUUGCUUUACUACUUUUCAACCGAUUUUUGAAUGGUGGCAGUUGGAACUUCAUUGAUUCCACCUACAUGUUCUUAUUGGAUGUGCGCGAUUUGACCCCAAAUGUCGGCAUAUUUUGGUAUUUUUUCAUCGAAGUGUUCAACCAUUUUCGACUUUUCUUCCUUUGGGUUUUC